UCUGAACCUCUCGUAAUGUACAGGGAAUAUACAAUUAGACUGAGCAAUGCUAAAGUGGGGAAAGACACGCCCCCUUUCCGGUUGAAUGAACAGCACGGAUCACUUCCUGUUCUCGGGAAAGAAACAAGAAUGGCAGCACGAGAGAAGCUGGACGCUCUGUCGUUGUUGAGGGAGGGUCUGCAGUUUGAGGGGACGGGGGCGUCGCACGUGUUCGUGAUAUUGGGAGCCUCGGGAGACUUGGCAAAGAAGAAAAUCUACCCAACACUAUGGUGGUUGUUCCGAGAUGGACUGGUUCCCCCAAAGACAUAUUUCAUUGGUUAUGCUCGCAGCAAGAUAUCCAUGGAUGACAUUCGACAGAAGGCCCUGCCCUUUAUGAAGGUUAAAGAUGAUGAAAAACAGAAACUGGAGGAAUUUUUUAAAGUCAAUGAGUACGUUGCUGGGAGUUAUGACAAACCAGAUGGAUUCUCGCGUCUGAACAAAGCUAUCGAGGAGAAAGGCAGCUGUAACCGAAUAUUCUACCUCGCUUUACCACCGUCUGUCUACGAAUCGGUGACACUGAAUCUCAAAGCUGUCUGUAUGUCUAAAGGAGAUAAGUGGACUCGUAUUGUGGUGGAAAAGCCGUUCGGGAAAGACCUGGAAAGUUCUAACCAGCUGUCCAAUCACCUCGGGGCUCUGUUUAAAGAGGAGGAAAUUUACAGGAUAGACCACUAUCUCGGGAAGGAAAUGGUCCAAAAUCUCAUGGUGCUCAGGUUUGCCAACAAGAUAUUCAGUCCCGUCUUUAACAGAGAUGGAAUUGCAUCUGUUGUCAUCAGCUUCAAAGAACCGUUUGGAACACAGGGGAGGGGAGGCUACUUUGAUGAAUUUGGAAUCAUAAGAGAUGUUAUGCAGAACCAUCUGCUGCAGAUCUUGACCUUGGUUGCCAUGGAGAAGCCACCGUCUACUGCUGCAGAGGAUAUCAGGAAUGAAAAGGUGAAGGUCCUUAAGAGUAUAUCACCCGUGGAGCUGGAUAAUGUGGUCCUUGGACAGUAUAUUGGAGAUCCAGCGGGAGAGGGAGACCAGAAGAUCGGUUACCUUGACGACCCCACUGUACCAAAAGGUUCCACGACCCCCACAUUUGUGACGGCAGUUUUGAAGGUGAUGAAUGAGCGAUGGGACGGAGUACCAUUCAUCCUCAGGUGUGGGAAAGCUCUUAAUGAGAGGAAGGCUGAGGUCAGGAUACAGUUCAAGGACGUCCCUGGGGAUAUCUUCCCAUCAGGUGAAGUGAAGCGGAACGAGUUGGUGAUCCGUGUCCAGCCUGACGAGGCUGUUUACCUGAAGAUGAUGACUAAGUCACCUGGCAUGACGUUCGGCUGUGAAGAGACGGAGCUGGAUUUGUCUUAUAAUAACAGAUACAAGGACAUGAAGCUCCCCGACGCCUACGAGCGACUUAUCCUGGACGUCUUUACUGGUUCCCAGAUCCACUUUGUCCGCUCAGAUGAGUUGUAUGAGGCAUGGAGAAUAUUUACACCACUUCUUCAUCGCAUUGAAAAAGAGAAACCCAAACCCAUUUACUACAAAUAUGGCAGUCGCGGUCCCCCGGAAAGCGAUGAAUUAUGUGCACGUUUCAACUUUAUCUACACUGGAACUUACAAAUGGGAGAAACCAGUGCACAGAAUGUGACGUCAGACUGAUGAGAAACAAGUUCACAGGAAGUGACGUCAGACGGAUAUUAAACAUGUAGUAGAUGUAUAUGACAAAACAUAUGAGAAAAUUAGAUACAUUAUUGCGUGUAUCUUUCUGAGAUGAAGUGAAUUUCUUUUCAUAUUCACAAUGAAAUCGGGCAGCUGCAAAAAUUCCUUUAUCAAAAUGACGUGGGUUUGGUCUACAAGUAUAUACACAGUCAACUCAAAAAUGAAGUGGUAGAAAAUUAAUUUACAAGUGAUUUAUCAAAAUGUAAUUUUUACAUAAAAUUUUGUUUAGAGGAGAAUGAUAAUUUGUCAGUGGGAUCAUUUAGAUGAAUUCCAUGUUUUGUCGGCUUUGAAAUGAAAUUGGGUUAAAAUUUAACAAUUUAUUAGACUGCCGUGGUGAUGAAGAAUUCAUAUGGCAGAGAAAUAACUUUUCCUCGUAUCUACAAUUUCUUAAUUGUUUGCUUAUUUUUAACAAUGAAACAAAGCACAUGUAAUGCGUAUUUAUUUUCUUGAAAUUGAUACCAGCUAUUAUAUAAUACAUAGUUGGGAGAUUUCCGAUAGCAAAACGAGUGUUGAAUAUGGUCAUCAAGUGUAUACAAUUCAUUAUAUAUAUAUAUAAAUAGUGGACGUUUCUUUCCACUUUAAUUUUACUCUAUAUAUCCUAACAUUUUUAUUAUGACUAUUAUUCUUGUAAAUUAUUGUCAUAUUUCCUAUUUUUGACGGCUUUCCUCUGUGAUACCGGUUCCUGGGUGACAUAGUCUACGAUAAAAGGGUACUUGCCUUGUGACAGUUACACCUUCUGAUUGUAAGACACAGCAUCACUGCAGCUUGUGUUAUAUUAUUUACUGCGAUUAACUAUCAACAAGCCUACAAAAUCUUGUGCAAAUGAAAUUUAAUAUACAACAUCCGAAGUAACCUGUUUUUAUGUAAUGUUUUUGGGAACGUUCCUUAAUUAGUUGCUUUCAGUAAAGUUAAUCGUAAUUAUAGUAUCGAAAUUCACGGAAUUUCAAUAUUAACAAACUUAUCCUUUUUAUGGAAUAAAAAGUGGCAAAAUCUUAAAUUUUCUAAAAGAAAACAUUUUAUUUGUAUUAAUUCAAUUGUCAGCAUUCAUUUGAAGACAAAUUAGAACAUUAUUUGACUCUACGCUGAUGCAUGCAUUUCGAUCACUAUAGCAAUCGCCAUAGAUAUUCACUGUCUGUUUUAAUGUUGGGCGCUUUUAUAAUGUUCUUAGCAACUGAGAAAUCUCAAGAUAAUUGUUUUCACUUGUAUAUCUAACGCAGAGAUCGAAAACCAUGAUUCAAUAUAGCUGAUGACAAACCAGAACAUGUAAUGAAUGUAUAACCAUAUUUUGAGUAUGAAACUGUGUCAGUCGGGCAUUUUCAGUGACUAAUUUGAAUAUUCAAAACCAUUAAGAAUUUUUAGUUUUUACUCAUCAAUAAACCACUUACCUAAAGGCAGGCUUUACUUUAGUCCGUUACAAUGUCGUAUGUGAAUAAUUUAUCAUAUGUAGAUCAUGUUUUCACGAAUACAUUUUGUAUAUGAAUCUACACCUGGUGGUAGGUUACAUACCAGUUUUUGUAAAACGUGUGUGUAGUCGUUAUUAUUGAUCAAACUUUUACAUAUUUUUAGUCUGUAAAUUAAUGCUCAGUACUUUUUAGAUCUUUCAUCAUCUGCUGUGUUUUUUGUAUACUUUUAAACUUUUGAAGAAUGACCACAUUUAUUCCAUCCCAACCUCUCCACUCUAUUUUAUUAACCGCUGUUUAUUCAGCAUUUAUUUUAUGAAGAUGUUAUGAUGAAAUAGAUGUAUAAAUCAAA